AUGGCUCCGAUCGCUACCAGCCGGGAAGAAUUUGAUGAAAUCCCCACAGUGGUGGGGAUCUUCAGUGCAUUUGGCCUGGUCUUCACAGUCUCUCUGUUUGCAUGGAUCUGCUGUCAGAGAAAAUCAUCCAAAUCUAGCAAGACUCCUCCAUAUAAGUUUGUGCAUGUGCUAAAGGGAGUUGAUAUUUAUCCUGAAAACCUAAACAGCAAAAAGAAGUUUGGAGCAGAUGAGAAAAAUGAAGUAAAGAAUAAACCAGCUGGGCCAAAGAAUUCUUUGCAUCUUGAUCUUGAGAAGAGAGAUCUAAAUGGCAAUUUUCCCAAAACAAACCUCAAAGCUGGCAGUCCUUCUGACCUGGAGAAUGUGACCCCAAAGCUCUUUUCAGAAGGGGAAAAAGAGGCAGUUUCCCCUGAUAGCUUAAAGUCCAGCACUUCUCUUACUUCAGAUGAGAAACAAGAGAAGCUGGGAACCCUCUUCUUCUCCUUAGAGUAUAACUUUGAGAAGAAAGCAUUUGUGGUAAAUAUUAAAGAAGCCCGUGGCUUGCCAGCCAUGGAUGAGCUGUCGAUGACCUCUGAUCCAUACAUCAAACUGAUGAUUCUCCCAGAGAAGAAGCAUAAAGUGAAAACCAGAGUUCUGAGAAAGACCUUGGACCCAGCUUUUGAUGAGACCUUUACAUUCUAUGGAAUACCCUACACCCAGAUCCAAGAGUUGGCCUUGCACUUCACAAUCUUGAGUUUUGACAGGUUUUCAAGAGAUGAUAUAAUUGGAGAAGUCCUUUUUCCUCUCACAGGAAUUGAAUUAACUGAUGGAAAAAUGUUAAUGAACAGAGAGAUUAUCAAGAGAAAUGUUAGGAAGUCUUCAGGACGUGGUGAGUUACUGAUCUCUCUCUGCUAUCAGUCCAUCACAAAUACUCUCACUGUGGUUGUUUUAAAAGCUCGGCACCUGCCUAAAUCUGAUGUAUCUGGACUUUCAGAUCCUUAUGUCAAAGUGAACCUGUACCAUGCCAAAAAGAGAAUCUCCAAAAAGAAGACUCAUGUGAAGAAAUGCACCCCCAAUGCAGUGUUCAAUGAACUGUUUGUCUUUGACAUUCCCUGUGAGGGUCUUGAAGAGAUAAGUGUUGAAUUUCUGGUUUUGGAUUCUGAAAGGGGAUCCCGAAAUGAGGUGAUUGGGCGAUUGGUCCUGGGAGCAGCAGCAGAAGGAGCCAGUGGAGAGCACUGGAAGGAGAUUUGUGACUAUCCCAGGAGACAAAUUGCCAAGUGGCAUGUGCUCUGUGAUGGUUAG